AAUUGGGUUUGUUUGUUUGUUUUUUAAGUUGCUUUUAUUUUUGAUGGUUGCUUGUUUUUGGGCUUGUUCUUUUGUCUUUUUCAGUUUUAUUUGUUACAGUUGCGGCAGAGCAGCGGUGGAGAAUUCAUCGCUGCAGGAAAGAAGAUUCAGCACAGAGUUAUCAACACUGCCGGAGGGGAGGGAGCGACUUGCGUGCGAUUGUGUCUGCCGCUGAGUGCCUGUGCAGGCGAGAGAGCUCUGGCUGCACCCUGAGGAAGGUCUACUCUUUGCAUUGCCAGCUCUGCAACCAGAACACAGACUGCCACAGUGCACUCACUGAGUGCGUCCUCCACUUCCAAGUCACUGUAUUUCCUGACUGCCACAGCCCACAGACCUCCAUUGCACUGUCCAGUGUAUGGACCUUUCCCUGCUCCUGCUACCUGUCAGCUCUCAGCAUUGGAGCCCAUCCCCUAGACCUGCACACUAUGCCACUGAAUGGUAAGAGUGUCCCAUAGAGUCUGUGCUGUGUGCAGUUGGACUGAUCACCUGAUGCGUCUCUCCUGACAGCUCUUUAGUUGUAUUUGCCUGGAGAUAGCAGGUGACAUUGCCUAUCGGUGUGCAUCCUGAUCCUAUCACAUGUUUUCAGGUACUUGCUACCUGGCCAUGAACUUUCCUAAGUGACUGAGGAAUUGUCACCUGAAGGGGGGCAUCUUGUUGAAGAGUGGUUCCCAGCGGGGAGCAGAGAUCACCGUUCUGCAUUAAGCCACCAGUAGUACAGCUCUACAGUCAUGGAUCCUGCCAAGGCAAGGGCAUUGCCAGAGAAGAAGCCAAUGAACUGCAAUGGUUUCGUGGCAGAGGAGGAGAAGAAGAAGGACUCUCCCACAGCAUUGAGCCAUGUGGAGCGGGGUAGAUCUGGGGUCAGCACACCACCACUGGACAGCUGGAGAGAAGAAAGGACCCGCAGUGAAGAAGACAACGAGCUGCACCUCCCUUCACUGGCAGCAGCCUACAGCACCAUCCUGAGAGCCCUAGGAGAGGACCCUGGUAGGCAGGGGCUGCUGAAGACACCAUGGAGAGCUGCCACUGCCAUGCAGUUCUUCACCAAAGGCUACCAGGAGACCAUAUCAGACGUGCUGAACGACGCCAUCUUUGAUGAGGACCACGAUGAGAUGGUGAUCGUGAAGGACAUCGACAUGUUUUCUAUGUGUGAGCAUCAUUUGGUUCCCUUCGUUGGAAAGGUGCACAUAGGCUAUCUGCCAAACAAGCAAGUGCUGGGGCUCAGCAAGCUGGCCAGGAUUGUGGAAAUCUAUAGCCGGCGGCUGCAAGUGCAGGAACGCCUUACUAAACAGAUCGCCAUUGCGAUUACAGAAGCCUUAAAGCCUGCCGGAGUGGGAGUGGUCAUCGAGGCUACACAUAUGUGUAUGGUAAUGAGAGGGGUCCAGAAAAUGAACAGCAAGACUGUGACCAGCACUAUGCUUGGCGUAUUCCGAGAGGACCCCAAAACCAGAGAAGAAUUCCUGACGCUCAUCAAGAACUAAUUCCAGUGCCAAAAAGAGUCCGACGUUUACUGUAGAGAUUGUGCCGCCUGCUGGACCUGUCUGUCCGUGUCUACAUCUGGUUAAACCGCCUUCGCUUAGUCUAUUGUACAACCACGUCUAGGGAAACCGUGAUUCAUAAUAAGCGUUUUUGUGUAAUGUUUAAGUGUUUCGGUGUUUACAUUUCUGAGGUGACCUAUCAGAGGAGGGCCGGUAACUAGAUCAGGUGGGGGGAAGGGGGGGGGGCAAACACAAGUAUAUAUGGGAGGUGCAGCCUCACUCAUCCACAUGUUUACAUUAAACUGGUCUCAUUUGGAGGGCACUAUCGACUAUCUGCUAGCUGCUGUACCCAUCUGCUGGAUAAUCUUGACGGUUCCAAUUCCCCUUUCCGUGAUGCCCACAGGGGUGAAUGUGCUGUGCGAUUUCUUGUAUGGCCAACUGCUGAGGCCUCAGACAUGAUCCGUGGCAUGAGAAACCUACAGGUGAGGCAAAGCCUCCAUAGUGGAGCAGUGGUGGGUAAGGAAAGGCCUUCACAGAGAGUUGAAGCUCUAACAACAGUUAAUAUGAUGGAUAACAGCCCCACCUCUCUCAUCAAUAUAGCCAGAAGCCACAUAGGGGGGCAAUUGCCAGUCCUCACCUUUAAAGUACUGGUAUGUGAACAGUGUUUGAGGGAAAAUCUCAUCCAUGGAAAAUAAUUUUAGCUGAAAGCACAGCGAGCCUUUUCAUUCCAGUCAUACAUGUGUAUAUGCACAGCUGUGAGGUAAAUACGUUCAGCAGACAUCUCCGAAGAGCCAGUGCGUACUGUAUCUCAUAGCUAGUUGAUGUCUCUGUGACCUAUCACAUGUUCCGAGCCUCACUACUUUAUUGUUCUGCUUAAACAAACACGUCAGGACAUUUAUCAUCUUAAGUAAUUCCCUCACUUUAUCAUUGCCAUAAACGCAGACAACGCCCCGCCGCUGUUACAGUGACUUGGUGAAUUUGUUGGCAGAAAUAUUUUUGUCAAAUCGCAAAAUGGCCGGCUCCACUUUGCAACCAAACACAAAAUGGCCAGUACGACUGUGCAACCAACCACAAAAUGGCCAGUACCACUGUGCAACCAACCACAAAAUGGCCAGUUCCACUGUGCAACCAACCACAAAAUGGC